AUGCCAAAAAGAAGGUUAAAAAAGAAAAAAAAGAGUUUCAGACCGUCGAGGCUUUCGGCUUUCGAGUCUCCAAUUUUCUACUUCUUUAAUCUUUCCCUCGACUCACCUCCCUCUACUUCACUCUCUCGACUCGGCCUCGACUGCAUAAUACUCUAUAUACUCUAUAUCCUAAUACCUCACUCCUCCGUCCCACGCCUUCCUUUUACCUCGCGCGAACCUGGAAACUUUGACAACGGUUUCACGGUGAAUCGUUUCUCGAAUUCAAUCUCGUCUCUCUCGAUUUGGAAUAUGCGAUAG